AUGGUACGCCGCAAGAUAACUCGAUAUGGUGAUUGGGAGUCUCCCAUCACCCAAAAUCUGGUCACAGCCAAGGCCAGGAAAUUCACCUCUCCCCGAAUUUCGCGACCAACCGGCAGGGUCUUCUUCGCGGAGAGCCGAGAAGAUGGUACUAUGACGAUAAGCGAAGUCCUGCCAGACGAUGUCAAAGAUCGGCUGCCAGCUCAGUUCUCGGCCUCUAACAAGGUCUACGAGUACGGAGGAUCGGCAUUCGAUGCACUUCCGAGUGGGCGCGUCAUCUUCUCUAACAGCGACAAUUCAGUCCAGAUUCUGGAUCCAGACACCGGUACAGUGACUGAGGUGAUCAAUAAUCCAGCGCUGCGAUACUCUAACUUCAGUGCCAACUCCAAGACGCCUUGGGUGGCCGCGAUCGAAGAGGAUCAUACCAUUGACGAACCAGCCCAGGUUCAAAACCGCCUCGUGGCCAUCAACUCGGAUACAGGGGCCGUCGUCAGAAUUGUAGAAGGUGCUGACUUCUACUACCCACCCGAACUCAACUACGAUGGCUCCAAGAUUGCCUGGCUUGAAUGGAACCGGCCAGAUGUGCCAUGGUGCUCGGCGAAGCUGUACUGGGGGCUGCUCAAAGACGGAUCCGUCUCCGACGUCCAGCUUGUGGCGGGUGGUCUCUUAGCUGGCGUCGCCGAGCCUCGUUGGGGACCUGAUGACACUCUCUACUUCGGCAUGGAAAAGACCAACUACCGCCAGCUAUUCAAGCUCAAGCCAGGGGACAAGGAGGCUCAGCAAAUCACACCCCCCGAACUAUCCAACGCCGAGUUCGCCGAGUUGGUCUGGAUGCCGGGAUCUCGCACAUACGCCCCUCUAUCGGCAAGCACUGUUGUUGCUGCCGCAACCAUCAAUGGAGUCAGUCGCUUGGUCCUCAUCGAGGAUACAGCCACUGGCAAAUUUCGCUUCCUCGCCGAUGAGGGCGAGGUCAAUCAGAUUAUCCUUGACUCCCUCACCGGGCUUGGCGAGGACAGCUUCAUCGGCAUAUUCAGCGGCAGCGUCAAAAACACCCAUCUCAAGAUAUUCAACAUCCAGAACCCCGCUGCUGACAGGGUGGUGCGCAAAUCUACAGAUCACGAAUUGCCCGACGCAUGGAUCGCUAAACCCGAAGAGCUCCGUGUCCCCUCCAAGGGCUCCCCUUCGCGCACCAUCUACGGAUUCCUCUGGAUGCCGCAAAACCCAGAUCAUGCCGCCCCCGAGGGCACCCUCCCGCCCCUCAUCAUCAAGACGCACGGCGGACCAACCGGGAACUUCGGCCCAGGCCUCCAGCUACGAUGCCAGUACUUCACCUCUCGCGGCUACGCCGUCGUAUGCCUUAACUACCACGGCUCCAUCGGCUACGGUCGCGCGUACCGCGACGCCCUCUGGGGCACCUGGGGCAUCCUCGACACGGACGACGCCGCCGAGGUGGCUGAGCAUCUUGUCUCCGUCGGGCGCGUCCGCGAAGGCUCCGUCGGCUGCACGGGGAUCAGCGCGGGAGGAUACAACACGCUCAUGUGCGUGACGAGGCACCCAAAACUGUGGGCAGGGGCCGUCGACGUGUCCGGCAUCUGCGACCUGGAGUCAUUCUACAACAGGACGCACAAGCUCGAGAUCGACUACACGGAGGCGCUCGUCAUCGAGAAAGUUGGCGCGACCGAUGAGGAGAAGCUGGCGGUGUACAGGGAGAGGAGCGCGAUAUGUCAUACCUCGAAGAUUGAGACCCCGCUGUUGAUCCUCCACGCUGAACAGGAUACUGUCGUACCCAUGAACCAGGCAACUGAUAUCGAGAAGGCUCUCAAGGAGCGAGGGAAAGAGGUGAGGCUGGUGAGAGUACCUGACGAUGGCCACUCUCUGGCCAAGCCGCCGAGCGCGAGGAUUUGGCUGGACGAGGAGGAAAAGUGGUGGAGGAAGACCCUGCUGUGA